AUGGCGGAUUCCUCCAAUGAGCAGUCGCGGCCCAGCGUCCCCCACCGAAGCGACUCGUCUGCCCUCUCGCAGAACGCUACUCCAGUGGAUGGCGCGUCGCCGCGGUCUAUCAAAGUUGUGUCCUUUCCCGACGACACUGCCAUCUCUCCAUUGAUGAUCGGGAAGAACAAAGAACUUGACCAGAGGGAUUACUUGGAUCUCGACAGACCUGCAAAACACUACCCCGCAAGUGUCAGUAGAAAGAAACUAUCUGGACGGCCCUCAGUCGAGCGUCUGUCAUCAACUCCCAGAGGAGUACCGGCUGAGGGUAACCCAUCUUUGUCUUCUCUGCUUUCGGACAGCUCAACCGAUGCUCCUCAUGGGCAGCAUGCGCAUGAAAACCUGUUGAAGCAGGUGGGCACAUGGCUCAAGCACGAGCGAAGCCGACGUCAUGCACGAAGGGCGAAACGCAAAGCCGCCAAAGAGGGCGCUGUCCAGGAAACGACAUCGACUGUUGCUGAUGAGACGACUGAAGAGCCCAUCGCGCUUACUAGGACCAGCUCUUCAUCGUCCCACGGUGAAGACUCUCUCGACCAACUGGCGCACAUCCUCGAGAAGACUCUAGCUAUGAAGCCAGCCGACGCUAAAAAGAGGAUGCAACACUUCCGUAGGUCCUCUACGGGCUUGAAGCGACACUCCGCCAUUUCCCUCGACACCGACUAUUUCGAGUCCGUAGACCAGCUGGUCCCGAGUUGCGAGGCCAUCUUGGAUAAUUCGAAGACUAUGGCGUACAACGUGGACGAGUCAGAUGCCGAAUCGGCCCCACAACUAUCUGACAAAGAAGCACGCAAGGAGAGAGAGGCGUGGACCAAGUUUCGAGCUGAAAUCCUCCGUCUGGCUCAUACUCUGAAGCUCAAGGGAUGGCGCAAGGUGUCGAUGGAGCAGAGUAAUGAGAUUGAUGUGCAGAGGCUGAGUGGCGCAUUGACAAAUGCUGUUUACGUUGUCUCGCCUCCCAAGAAUCUGCAACUUCAAGAGCAGGGUGAAGAUGGUCAGCCUAAGCCAAAGAACCCUCCUCCUAAGCUUCUGCUACGCAUCUACGGUCCUCAGGUGGAACAUCUGAUCGACCGGGAGUCUGAACUACAGAUCCUCACACGCCUCGCUCGAAAGCGAAUUGGUCCGCGUCUGCUUGGUACCUUCACCAACGGUCGCUUCGAGGAGUUCCUCCAUGCAAAGCCGUUGACCGCGAAGGAACUGCGCAACGCAGAGACUUCAAAGCAGAUCGCAAAGCGUAUGCGAGAGCUGCAUGAGGGCAUUGAUCUUCUUAAGGAAGAGCGAGAAGCUGGCCCAUUCGUAUGGCAAAACUGGGAUAAGUGGGUUGACCGUUGUGAGCAGAUUGUCACCUGGUUAGACGACCGGGUGCGCGAGAGCAAGCAAGACCCUGCGCUAGGCCCUGGCGACAAGUGGAAGAAGCGAGGUUACGUAUGUGGUAUGGAGUGGCCAGUAUUCAGGCAGAUGGUUGAGAAGUACAGGAGGUGGUUGGAGGAACAGUACGGUGGUGCAGACAAGAUCAACGAGCGCAUGAUCUUUGCCCACAACGACACCCAGUAUGGUAACAUCCUGCGUAUGGUGCCAGAGGGCGAGUCGCCCCUACUGCUUCCUGCGAACCAGCACAAGCAGCUAGUGGUUAUCGACUUCGAGUACGCAAAUGCGAACCUUCCGGGUCUGGAGUUUGCCAACCACUUCACCGAAUGGACAUACAACUACCACGAUGCCGAUGUACCGUGGAGGUGUAACACCAAGUACUACCCAACCGUCGAGGAGCAGCACCGCUUCAUCCGAGCAUACCUGAUGCACAACCCCUCCUACAAAGCAGCUGGAGGCUACACAUCCAACCCUGCUACCCCCCACCUAGGCCCUCUCCCCUCCUCAGGAAGUACAACCGCCCUAGCAGCGACCGCCGCACCCAGCAACAUCUCCGCCUUCAUGCUCGACUCGCGCGCUCCACCCGGCUCCCAGUACCAAGAGCAAGAAGCCGCUGCAGAGCGCCAAAUCGAAGAAGAAACCCGUCGCCUCCUCGCCGAAACCAAGCUCUGGCGCCUCGCCAACUCAGCCAUGUGGGUAGCUUGGGGCAUAGUCCAGGCUCACGUCCCCGGUCUGCCCGACUUCGACGCUUUGGAUAAACAAGCAAACGCAGACGCAAAUGCAUCUGCCAACCCCAGCGGCGCAGCCGCCGAACUAGACAGCGCGACAGCAGAGAUACGCGCCGAGGCGGGGGCCGAAGGAGGAGCAGAAGAGAAGUCGGGGGCAGGGAUCGUGAGUGAAAAGACAGCGACGGAGGAAGGGGCCACGCAAGGAAACAUGACGCAAGCGGAACAGGAUGCUGACCUUUUCAAACCACAGGAUGAAGAGGAGUUUGAUUACCUCGCGUAUGCUAAUGAUCGCGCCAUGUUUGUUUGGGGCGAUGCGAUGCGUAUGGGUAUUGUGAGCCCGGAGGAGGUGCCUGAGGAGUUGAGGAGUAGGGCUAAGGUUGUGGAGUACUGA